AAAUGCUCGGCGGACCGUGAAGCGUAACAGCCAGAAGAAGGACAAAGACGCACAUAGAGGGACAAAAUGUGACUGAGGGAAACCUCUCUCAACUUCAUAAAAAAAAAAACUUCGGAAUGCGUGGAUGGAUGUUUGUAGUAGUAGCGUUGGAAAGAGUCGAAACUAGCAAUGGCAGGACAGAUGAAUUCAAGUGUAGGAUCUGAGUUGAGUAGAUUAAUUGUAAUUAGAGCGCGUGUUAACUUUGGAUAGCCCAAUGGCGCGUUUCAGUGCCCACCUCAUUGGCACCGGUGAUGCGGAUACAGACUGCAGUUUGGAGUUUGGAUUUCUCGUUUUUGAACGGACAUGCUUCCCGGAAUGACUGUUCAGUUUUUUGCAACUACGCGUGGUGAGAGUCAGAUCCUGACUUCUGCUGUUCCAAAUCUCACCGAGAGGAGCCAAGCUCAUCCAAGGUGCAAAAGUUAGAGGAGAAGUUGUAAACAAGCUGCGCUGGUAACAGGUUGUUUGUUGCGAAGACUCUCGUGUGAAAAGAAAACUUGUGCGAACUUUAGUCUGAAAGCUCCUGUGCCUGAGUUGCUCUGAUCCUAAUGCGCUGGUGGAGAACGUGCACGUCACCGAACUACAACUCCAUCCAAGCAUGAAAUGUUGGUGCAGCGCCCUGGCACUUCUCCUGUGGGUGCUGGUGGCCUUAGAUGCACAGCUAAUCUGCUGGCAGGCGCUUCUUCGGUGCCACGACGAACCAGAGUGCGAACUUGCAUACAAUCAAUACUUAGCAGCGUGUGAAGGGAACAUCAAAGGGACUAGGAGGCAAUGUCCGAGCCACUGCAUCAGUGCGCUGAUAAGGCUAAAUCUCACCCGCAGCGGGCCAGAUCUGGAGACCUGCGACUGCGCCCAGGAUCUGGACUGCCUCAGCGCCAAGCGGGCCACAGAGCCGUGCCUACCCCGCAGACACCCGAAGGAAGCCGGAGGUAUAGGGUGUAUGGAGGCCCGGCAGCGCUGCGAGGAGGACACCAACUGCCACACCUCCCUCACGGCCUACUUGUCAUACUGCGGGCAGCUGUUCAAUGGCCGGAAGUGCACCUCCAAGUGCAAAGCCACCAUUCAGCAGAUGCUGUUCAUCCCAAACGGCAUGCUGCUGAAUCGCUGUAUCUGCGAUGGAGUGGAGAGGCCUUUCUGUGAAGUGGUCAAGGAAAACAUGAGCAAACUUUGCUCCAUAGGAGACCACAGCGUUAUUUCAGACCAGCCUGAAGAUGAUGACUAUCCGGAUGAAGAAUAUGACCUUAAAAAUGACAAAGAUGAGGUUCAUAUUGAAAAUUCCUCAGCUUCUCAGAGGUUAUCCAGAUGCAUGUUGCUCCUGUUUCUUCUUACAGCGUGGAUAUUAUACUGAGAGGAUGGAUACUGAAAUAUUUGAUGAAUUUAUUAAUAAAAUGGUGACACUUGAGGAAAAUUACUGUACAAAAGUAAACUGCCACCCCUGUAUUUAAUAAGGAUUUAGUAACGUGCUCAAAAACACUUGAGCAGCAAUGUUUUGCUGGCAGAGGACUUGAAUUCAGGUCUGCAGGAUGAGAAAUGUUAUUUUUUCAUCCCUCUGCUCCUCUGACUUCUCAUGUUAUUUUCAUGGCGACACAGAGCAAUGUAAUGGUUAAAUUUGUGUAAAUUUUCCACAACCUUAGAGGUGGCACAGUAAUUCUCCAUGCACAUCUCACUCAGGACAACUUUCUUUUUGAUUCACAUACACGGUCUUUAUAGUUUUCUAAGUUAAAAUUGUCCCUCUUUUAAGUUAAAAGAAAGUUUUAAAAAAAUGUCUGAAACAUUUUUAGGUGGAAGUGAGAGGAAAUGAACCAAACCAGAAUUUGUUGAAGAGCACGACUAUUUUGUUUGCCUUCAAACAGUUCCUGUUUAUUUGGUUUGGUUUCAAUGGUACUUGAAGUGUGGCCUUAUUAAGAACUUGGACAAACAUUGGACCCAUCCAGUCUCUAUUUGCUCUGCUCUCCAUUUCAGGGGCCUUUGCAUUGUUGCAGCAGCCACACUUCAAAUAUUUGUAGGAACAGUGAGAGGACAGGCACGAGCGUGGGAUCAAGUACUUAAAUUAACUAAAGCACCUCUCCAGCACUCUGUCUUGUUCCCUUCCCCCAUUUGAGAUUGUUUUAUUGAACUUUUCCUGAGACCACCCUCACCCCCUUCUUCCUCCACUCUACUGCCUGCCCCAUUUAAGGCCUCUAAGGAGAGCCGUAUCUUUAUUAAAGCUUUCACACUGCUGCUACACUCCAGAAAGAACUGCCAGCCGCUGGUGUGAACAGGUCAGCGUAUGAUACCUGCAGUUUGUCCACAACACUGCUCACGUCUACAGGUGGUCUGACGCUGCUUUGCUUUCAGCAUGGGUAAACACAAUGUUGGAUUUAAGCCACAUAUUUGAAACAAACUGUAGAAGUUGAGCAUCAGUUGUUAAAAUAAGGUUUUAUGAGCCUGUUGGACAAAAUUUUCCCAACAAAACAUCUAAAUUAACACCAAGUAACAGUACAGUACAGUGCAGCAGUGUCGUGACAGCAUGUAAACAAGAAGUAGUCUUCUUGUUCUUUGUGGGCAAUCACGGGCAUAGUUUAAAUUCAUGUUCCUUAUUUUAUGUCACACAUCUGGGGUUAAAGUUGAAAGUGUUGCUUACUUCAUUUAAAACGUUUGUCAGGAUAUUUUUAAGCAAAAAUGAUUGCACACAAGUGUUUUCUAAAUGACAUGCACACAGAUAAAGCUCAAGUUAAUGACAUGAGAUUUUUUAUAACUUUAAAAUUUUCACAGUGAAGUCUCUUUUUUUGUGGUUUUGAGGCUGAUAAUUUCAGAGCAGAGCAUCACAUCCACAUUUGCACUUGCACACAUUUACAUGCGGAGAUGCUUCAUACAGCUGCUGAGAGGUUAAUAUUACCAGUUUGAAGGUCCAGGAGCUGAAACCAGCAGUCUUUCAGUCUCACGUCUUACUUCAGUGUUAUGCUAUUUAGCAAAAAGGGAAAGUUAAAAACAGUCUUUGUUAGUUUUGAUCACUUUUUCUGAAGCUGCCAGUUUGUGUCUUUGCCACUUGAAACGAAGUCUUAAACAAUAAAUGUUAAGUGUUAAAUUAUGAAGCUAGAAUAUGAAGAAUGUGUAUAUAUUUUACCGUCAUAUGCAGUAAAAUAAGUGUUGCUUAAAUGCAUUUAAUAUAAACAAAUGUAGCUCAAAGUUUGUUCACAAUGUCUGUUUUUUUAUGCUUUUUUUAAUGUUUCAUCUCAUGUUGUGGGAUCAUAGCAGUAAACCCUUCAGCACAGUGUCUUCCUCCCUCCAAACCGGAGGAUGAGUUUUAUAAUAAAUUGUUUAUGACCUAAUGCAGCCCAAGAAAAAAAAAAGGAAUAAACAAUGCUGAAAUUUGA